UGUUUGGUGAAAAAUUGUUAUGAAUCGAGAAGAAACUGUAUCGUUUUUAUUCAUUGAUUGUAGGAGUCAAACCUCGACUGCGGAACAUAUGAGGUACCCGUGCAGCUAACUCACAUUUUCGAUUUUGCUGCUGGCGGAAGUCGCCUAGUCCAUGAGGGGGAAAGAGUGUAUAACGCUGGCCAUUUAUUGAUUGUUGGAGUGGAACAAAUAUACGAGGAUGGAGUAAGCAUUUUUGCAACAUGUUUGCAGUCAUCUUCACCUAGCUCUGCACCACACGUGAUCAAGAUCCGGACAAAUGAAUCGCAAGUGCAAUGGACUUUUUCUUGUACUUGUAAAGCCGGGAAAGGAAAGUGCAAACAUCAAAUGGCCGUACUAUACCAUUUGUUGAAGGAUGCAACAGUUCCUCUGCUUACAGUAACCGAUUUACAACAAAAAUGGGGCAAAAUUGCCGCUCAAACCGCAUCGGACAUGUAUAGAGCUAAGCGGCUGAAAGAUCUGUGUUUCAGUGAAAGAUCGGGCUCAGCAAUGCAGGAUAGUUUAAACGUAUCUGAAGUUGAAGAACCAUUUGAAAACAGCAAACCGAUCAAAAACACCAAGUAUCAGCAAUACAUGGUGUCGGAAACAGAACAAUCGCAAAUUCUGCAACAAUUUGUAAAAAGUUUUCCGAACAGUGCACUGGGAUAUGAACUCUGUGGCAGACCUUCAGUUCAAGACGAUAUCAACCCAGAAACGGAAACAAACAUUGAUUUACAAUGUAUUGAAGUUUCAACACGCAAGUUGUCUUUAAAUUCGUCAUGCUCAAUCAUAUCGUUCGAAGAUUUUUCUAUGCAAACUCUGAAACUAUUCGUUCAAGAGCUAUUUCGGCCUGAAUUUGAUCUUACCUAUAAAUAUUUUGUUGGUCCUUUGGAAACAAACCUUUCAACUUAUUAUGAAAUGAAAAUAUGCGUUUCCGCGAAAGAAUCCACCGACAUUUGCUUAAGGACGGUUUCACAAAACUCGGAUGAAUGGCUUGAGGAACGCAGUUUGCGCAUAACGGCUUCAAACGCAUACUCACUCUUCACUUACUAUGCGACCGAAAAGGAGAAGUCUAAAGAUUGGAAACGCAAAGUUGUGAGGAUGAUAAUGCCAGAAAACCUUAAGACAGCAGCCAUUGAACAUGGACGACGCUGCGAGCAAAUGGCGAUCGAAUCCUACAUAGCUCAAACCGGAUACUCUGUAGAGCGAUGUGGAUUUGUUAUUCCACCACAAAUACCAUGGAUUGGAUGUUCUCCUGAUGGUGUGAUAAUUAGCGAACGAAAAAUCAUCGAAGUGAAAUGUCCAUUGGCAGGGAAAACAUCUAGUACCGACGAUUUCUUGGGGGAUUUACCGUAUCUGACCAAAUCAUCUAAGCAACUCCGAAGAAGACACCAGUAUUUUGCACAAAUACAAAUAAAUAUGUUUGUGCUUCAGUGUACCAAAGCCGAUUUCAUCAUAUAUUCAGAGUUUGAGGAUAAAUGUUUUAUAUCAACGAUUGAUUUGGAAGAAGAGUACGUGUACGAACUUUUGAACGCUCUCAAAGAAGUUUAUUUCAACAUUUACUUGAAAUACCUGUAUACACUUAAAACUGAGGACAUUUUGGAAAUAAAUCUAUCUUGUUAUUCUGUAAUUUAA